AGAUCUUGGUUUUCAUCAUCGAAGAAUAGCUGAAGAGGUGAUCCUUAUAUUGCACCUGACUUGGUAUACCUAAAAAAUUGCUGACUACUUUGUUGUUCAAUUUGUAGCACUUGUCUUAUGCCACGUGAAUUCACGUGAAAGUGGUCCCUUGACCUUGAAAACCUUUUGUUGGUUAGGAGAUUUCAGAGCUAAUAAAGAUGCAUACAUUCUCGGAUGAUCGCUGUCAUUUGAGAACUAUUUUUUGAGCUGAUGUUAUGAAUGUGAUGAGGACAUAGAUUAUUUGUGAUUUUGAAGGUCACAACUUUCUUACUGGGUACCACUCGGUUGGUGAGCAAUUACUCUUGUCUCAACUUGUCUGCUCGCCUUGAAAUAUAAAAAAAAAAAAAAAUCUGUAUCUUUUUUUACCUUCCUUUUCCUUGUAUUUCUUGCUUCAGUUUGUCUCAAUUGACUUUGACCAAUUUGUUUCGGCUUCUGGGGUGUUUAGGCCAAACUAAGCCAAGUUAGAUCUUCCGGUUCAAGUGAGCUACCAUAAACUCGUAAUUAAUAUUAGGGUUGGAUGAAAUUGCUUCUUCUUCUUCUUCUUCUUCUUCUUUUCAAACAUGUCCCGUUGAGUCUGGCCCAACAUCUAUUUCAUCAUUAAUGUGGCCCAAUAUUCGGUUUUUUAAUGAAUAAAAAAACAGAACAGAAAAUUGUACUAAUUAACUCAGGAAAUUCAAAUGUUUAAGUUAAUUGAAUUAAAUUCUCCCCCAAAAAAAAAAAAAAAAAAAAAGUCAAUUUAAUUGAAUGAUUUCUAUUUUAAGAAAAAAAAAAAAUUAAAGACUGAGAGCUGUAGCUUGACACGUCAGAAAGACCUGUUUCAGUAAAAAUUUAAAAAAAAAAAAGUGAAAAAAAAAAGAAAGAAAAGGAUGUUUCCCGCCAAAAGUCGACCAGAAACUCCAAGGAUCUUGACGAACCAAAUCCAAAGUGUUAGUAUCUCUGAAAGCCGGAUUUGAGGUGCGAUGGACAACCGUCUCUGCAACACCCACGUAAAGCUCUUGGCUUUCGACCUCCUCUCUCUCACUCAAACCCCCUCCUUCUCCGAUCCCAUCUCUUUCUCUCGCAAAGGCAUCCUCCUUUCGCGCCUCGAGACGGUCGGCGUCGUCACUUCCCGCGAUCUCAAACCCAACAAAUUCCUCAAAUUCACCGUCGACGACGGCACCGGCUGCAUCACCUGCAUCCUCUGGCUCAACCAUCUCAAUUCCCCUUACUUUUCCCGCCGACACCCAUCAGAUGUUCGACUAAUUGCCAACGCCGCCGACCGCUUUGCUGCCCAUGUCAAGCUCGGCGUCGUCGCUAGAGUCCGCGGCCGGAUCACUAGCUUUAGGGGUGAGUUGCAGAUCACCGUUUCGGAUGUGGUGAUCGAGAGGGACCCCAAUGCGGAAAUCUUGCACUGGUUGGAUUGCGUGAGGUUGGCCCGCAACUGUUACGAUGUUGUGGCGUCUCAACGUAAAUAGUAAAGAUAAAUUUUUGAUGGAAUUGCUAUUGAUUUAUAUAUAUAUAUAUUGUAUGAAGUUUGAAUUGGGUUUUGUAAUUUUGUGAGUUUGCUCAAAUUUGUAAGUUCAAGCGCCUGUAUUAUGCAAUGAUAAUAUUAGGGAUUGUUGUUAAAUUUGUUCAAAUUUUUUGGGUCUUUUUGGCUCUCUAUCAGUAGGUUUUGC